AACAGGUGUUUUAACUUUUACGUUUUGUGUACCCCGCGCCCCGCUAACGACAAACUAAAAGAUAAUCAAAAAGUUCAUUUGUGACAAACUUAUCUUUGUAAUAUUACACUGUUUAUCUUAUUCAAUAACAAGUCAAAACAUAUUAUGUGUGUUUGUAGAUUGAAAUCAAAGAUUUAACUUAGUUGUUUAAAUACGUUUUAAAUAUAAAAUAAUAACAAAUAAAAAGUUUAUAAUGUCGUCAAGUGGAAGUAGUUCCUCACAAAGUCCACCAAAUAUGGCUUCAAUAAGUGAUGUUAGUGCUUUAUUCCAGACGGCUAAGAAAUAUGAAGAGCUAAAUGUUAUCGGAACAGGCGCUUAUGGAACAGUUUACAAAGCCCGGGACCUCCACAAUGGUGGGCAAAUAGUCGCUAUGAAAAAGGUUAAAGUUGCAUUAACAGAGGAUGGUAUACCAUUGUCAACGUUAAGAGAGAUAGCCUUAUUGAGACAGCUUGAAGCUUAUAGACAUCCUAAUAUUGUCAGGCUUCUAGAUGUAUGCCACGGCGGUCAGUCAAUGGAACGUGAUCACCAGCUCGUACUGUUCCUUGUAUUUGAACAUGUUGAACAGGACUUAGACUCUUACCUCAAAAGAGCACCUGGACCACUUUCGGAGAAUAGGAUCAGGAGCAUGUCCUACGAUAUACUAUCUGGCGUGGAUUUCCUGCACUCCCACAGAAUAGUCCACAGAGAUCUGAAACCUCACAACCUCUUGGUUACUUCGACUGGACGAGUCAAACUGGCUGACUUUGGACUCGCUAAGACCUAUGACACGGAGAUGAAGCUUACUAGUGUGGUGGUGACACUGUGGUACCGUCCGCCCGAGGUGUUGCUGGGCGUGUCGUACAACACGGCGGUGGACGUGUGGUCGUCGGGCUGCGUGCUGGCGCAGCUGCACACCCGCGCGCCGCUGCUGCAGGGCUCCUGCGACUCCGAACAGCUGCACUGCAUCUUCCGAUUGAUAGGACGCCCACCUCGCCAUGAAUGGCCAGAGAACGUAUCAAUAGUAGCAGAUAGUUUCCCGGAAUACCCGGCUCAGGACCUCGCUGAUAUCUUGCCAAGGAUACACCCCCACGCACUAGAUUUAAUUAAGGGUAUGCUAGUCUUCGACCCGGCAAAACGCCUGACUGCUUUGGACUGCCUCGAACACCCGUACUUCACUGAAGAACCGCUAACAUAACACAGCUGACGCAGCUCAUACACA